AUGGGCCGCCAUCCAGAGGUGAUCUGGGCUCAACGGUCAGACAACGUUUUCAUCACAGUCGAGCUCCCUGACGCUAAAGACAUCACGACGAAUCUAGAUCCAGAGGGGAAGCUAUCGUACUCAGCUAAAGCAGGAGCCGAAGAUCAAGACUACGCCAUCGAUCUCGAGCUGUUUGAUAAAAUCAAUGUCGAGGAGAGCAAAGUGGUGAGCACAUCACGCCACACGAUAUUCAUGGUGGUGAAGGCGGAGGCGAAGUGGUGGCCGCGGUUGAUCAAAGCAGCAGGACGAGCUCCGCCGUUCCUCAAGGUUGACUGGAACAAGUGGGUCGAUGAAGACGAGGAGUCAAGUGCUAACCAAUUGGACCCUGACUUCAUGAAACAAUUCCAGGGUGCUGGUGGAUUCGGUGGUGGGGGCUUUGGUGGUGGUUUUGGAGGUGGUGAUUUUGGAGGUGGUGACUUUGGUGGUGCUGAUUUCGGAGGUGCUGGGCUUGGUGGUGACGAAGAUGAGGACGAGGAGGAUGAAGAACUGGGAGACCUUGAGAAGUGA